UUAUUAACCUUUGAUAUUAUGAUAAUAUAUUGUAUAUAAUCUUAAAAAAAGAGACUUUUUUCUCUCAAAAAUUAUUUUAAAUGAUUUUGAAAAAAUAAACAAAUAAACAAAAAAAGAAUAUGGAUGAUUUUAUACAGUUAGAGUUUCAUAAUAUACAACAAAAGCAAGGUGCUGAAAAGUAUGAAAAGUCAGAAUUUAGUGCUGUGGAGGGUGUUUCUUGUUUGAUUUGUAAAGAAAAAUGUCCUGGAUUUUGUCAACAUUCAUGGAGGCGAGGUUGUGGCAAUUGCAAAUGUGCUCUUUGGAGACAUGAUGUUCCUCAAAACAGUCCAGGAUUGCCUUUUAAUCGACUUGAUGUUGAAGAAAUAAAUCCUCCUUUAAGCUCAGAAUAUGAUAUAGCUCUUACAGAAGGGUACAACUGGAUACCAAGAGGUUUAAAGACUUUACAAAUUGAAUCAUUUAUGAGAAAAAUUCCAAAGUCCAAAGUUCCCAAGACAGAUAGUGAAGGUGCACGUUACAGAGCUAGGCAAAUAUUUUAUCAAUUGCCAAAACAGGAUUAUAAUAGAAAAUAUGCUAAUUUUUUAAAAGAAGAUGCAAAGCCCUCUUUUGAUGAACUAAGCAAGUUUCGUUUAAAAUCUGCUCUGGGAAUAGGUUGUGUUAAAGAAUUAAUUUCAAAAGUUCUUUCUUGUCAUAAUUGCUCUAUGAACAUAAAUUCAGGAGAGAUGGCAGUGUUUACUGAACGUUUAGGGGAAUCAUUUUGCUGGCAUCCACAGUGCUUUAAAUGUUGCGUAGAUGAUGAGCUUCUUGUAGAUCUUAUUUAUUUUGUGCAUGAAAAGAAAAUUUAUUGCGGAAGGCAUUGGGCUGAACAGAUAAAACCAAGAUGUCAUGGCUGUGAAGAGUUAAUUUACAUUGGUGAAUUUACAAAAGCCAUGGAAAAAUCAUGGCACGUUGAACAUUUUUGCUGUUGGCAAUGUGAUGUUCCUAUAACUGGUAAAAAGUACAUUAUUAUUAAUAAGCGACCGUAUUGUCAGCGAUGUUAUGUUAAAAGCAUGGCUAACACAUGCUUUGAGUGUAAACAGCCAAUUAGUCCGGAAAGUAAAGAUUUUUUCGUAAAAGAUCGGCACUAUCAUAAGGAAUGUUUAGUUUGUUCUUCGUGUAAUAAAGCUUUGGAAAGUCAAACGUUUUCAUUCGUAAACGAGAGGCCUCUCUGUCACGCAUGUCGUGGUGUAGAUCCAGAAAAAUCUAAAUUUUGCAAAUCCUGCGAAAAACCUUUUCUACCUGAAGAAAAAAAAGUAGGGGUUGAAGAGAACUACUUUCACGAGCGUUGCUUUUUAUGCACGGAAUGUCAAAAGCCAAUUGGAUCACAAAAGUUUAUUCGGAAAGCUGAUGGGCGCCGUUUAUGCAAUGAUUGUUUCGAAACAACUGCGAAGCCGUGUUUUAAAUGCAAAGAGUUGAUCAGGGGAUCGAGCAUAAAGUUUGAGGGAAAUAUGUAUCACACAAAGUGUUUUUUUUGUGAAAAUUGCAAGAAAGAAUUGGGCGGUGCUCAGUUUUACAAGUAUGAGACAAAUCCUUAUUGCGAUGAUUGCUUCCUUGUAAAUUACGCCAAGCGUUGUGCAUCUUGUUUCGGUCCAAUAGAAGGCAAUACAAAGUUUAUCGAUUACGAAUCAAAGUACUGGCAUAGUAAGUGUUUCAUUUGUAGGAGUUGUGAUAAGCAACUUGCUGGUGCGAAGUUUAUUAUGCGAGAUGGCAAUCGAUAUUGCUUAGAGUGCAAGUAAAAAAACAACAUUUUUUUUAGUUUUGUUUUGUUUACUUUGUUUUGUGGAAUGUUCCAAUUUUUUAAUUUAAGCGUAUAAACUUUUAAAUUUUGCUUCAUUACAUAUUCUACAAAAGGGAAUUUGAAUGACGUAAACAUCUUUGCUGUUAUUAAAAAUUGAGGGAAAAUAAUUUUUAAAUCAAUUUAGUAUUUAACAUUACAAAAACUAAAUACUUA